UGGGAGGCAGCCUUCGGUUUCCACCAAUAGCUGAAGAGUGAUCGGGUUGCGCGCGGAAGAGGAACGUCUUUUGGGAAACUGUCUGGGAGAGAAGGAGCUGUGGCCUCCGAGCCUCUCGGGCCGAUCCACCAUGCUGCCCAUGAAGAUCAAAACUGAGAAGCCAGAUGUGGAGGCGGUCAGCGCCAGGAGCAGGCUGGAAGCGGUCCUGCAGGGCCUGGUGGAGAAGAGUGACAGCGAGAGGGAGCAGAACGAGGAGGACUCUGGGAAGAUGGGAGCAGACUCGCUGAGCAAGGACCUGUCUCCGUCCUCCGCGGGGAAACGGCCCUCCUCGCGCCUCCCGCAGCACCGCCGCAAGAAGAGGAAGGAGAUGGACGACGGGCUGGCGGAGAGCAGCCAGCACAAACCCAACACCUACAUCAUCAAGCUGUUCGACCGCAGCGUGGACCUGGCCCAGUUCACCAGCAGCACCCCACUGUACCCCAUCUGCCGCGCCUGGAUGAGGAACAACCCCUCGGUCCGUGAGAGAGCGGGGUCCCCCAGCCCCCCACCCAGCCUGGUGGAGGAAGAGGUGGCGGACAUGCUGAACGGAACCGGGACCAACGUGUACCGCCUGCCCCCGCCCACGCCCUGCGCCGUCGCCGCCCACAGAGAGCCCAUCAGCCUGCGCAUCCCGCCGAUAGAGAAGGCCCCCGUCAGCGAGGUGAGCCCCGCAGUCCUGGGGCGCCAGAUGGGAGCCCCGCUCUCUGGGGGGAGGUACGAGGUCUGUGCCACGCCCCCCGCGCCCUCGGCCCUGAUGUUCAACCACAUGGAGCACUGGAAGAGAGUCCGGCAGAAGUGGAAGGAAGCUUCCGGAAGGAACCAGCUCCGCUACAGCGAGAGCAUCAAGGUCCUGAAGGAGAUGUACGAGCGUUAGGGCGUCCUGGGGCGUCCGGGGGCACGGACCGGCGCCCCCUCGCCCCGAGCAGGAGUGGCAGCUCCCUGGGGGCACUCUGGGCCGCGGGCAGACCACGGGCUGUACCAGCCUCCUCUGGGGGAGGGCGGGGGAGCGUCUUCACCACAGAGACUCUAGUGCCACAGCUUAUUGUUUUACUGACGUCACUGCGGGCUUGUUUCCUAGCCAGCUGCUUCCUCUGGGGGCAGAUCGUUCCCGAUAUAAAGAAACUUCACGCAAUUUAAUAAAAACCGCAGUUUCUGUU